CUUCUUCUGCCUCUAAUCUAUAUUGGACCGUUAUGUUUAAUUAUAAUCUGGCUUUCGGGAGAAGUUACGGAAGGGAACGGGAGAAAGUUCGUUAUGACAUCUGUCGCCAGGGAGGGCAACUCUCCUCCACGUUAAGCACCAUUUGCCGUAAUGAGGGAGAAACAUAAUCCUAACAAUAAGGGGGGAAGAGGAGAAAGCUAGAGACACAGAAAGGAUUCUCCGAAAAGCAAAGAAAGGGGACUGGUGGGGGGCGGUAGGUGGACAUGGGGGAUGGAGAAGAACGAAGCGCAUCCCUUUCGAAAGGGGUUUAUUCAAGGAAUGGUACACAAGUGGCUACGGAGGCGAGCAAGUUGAACAAUUUGCACGGACUGGGAUUUUUAAUAUACAUGUAUAUAUACAUUUAUAUUUGUGGACGAUGAUCCUUUUUGAGCAACCCAGGCUGAACAUCUCCGAGACAUUUCGGUGCUGGGGUCUGGCUGGAGCAGCGAGGUGCAUCCUUGCAUUCUCGGCGCUUGGACUCUCCUGCUCCCCGAAGCCCCCAGUCACCUGCAAACCUGUCUCCAAUGCCUAGCUCCAGGCACAAGUUGGGAAUUGAAGGGUGUGAGUGUAUGUGAGUGUGGGUGUCUAUCUCUCUGUCUAUCUGUCUGUCUGUCUGUCUGUCUGUCUGUCUGUCUGUCUGUGUGUGACUGUGUGUGCAUGUGUAACGUCGCCCGCACCUAUAUAGGGUGGGGGAUUCCCCCCACCCCACCCGCUCUCUCCACUGUGAAGACGAGGCCGCCCACCCCUAGUUCAACUGUUAGCGAAGUCUGCUUGGUGAAGGCACUCACUGAGUCCGGCUGCUCUCUGGAGCCCAGCGCUCUCUCUCUCUCUCUCCUCCUAAGGAGAGCCAGGGAAAGCUCCCGACUCUACUCUGGGAGAGAGGCGCCUUGGUUGCAAAAUGACAAACCUCAAGUUUUUCUGCUCUCCCCUUUCCCCCUCUUCCUUCCAGAUACGUCACGACGGAUCAAACAGCUACCGUUUGAUGCAGCUUGGCUGUCUGGAGUCCGUAGCCAAUUCCACGGUUGCCUACUCCUCCUCCUCUCCUUUAACUUACUCUACCACCGGCACCGAGUUUGCGUCCCCCUACUUCUCCACUAACCACCAGUACACCCCGCUCCACCACCAGUCCUUCCAUUACGAGUUCCAGCACAGCCACCCGGCGGUCACUCCCGACGCCUACUCUCUGAACUCGCUCCACCACUCACAACAGUACUACCAGCAGAUUCACCACGGGGAGCCCACCGACUUUAUUAACCUGCACAAUGCGCGGGCUCUCAAGUCCUCCUGCCUGGACGAGCAGAGGCGGGAGCUGGGCUGCCUCGAUGCCUACCGCCGCCACGACCUGUCCCUCAUGAGCCAUGGCUCUCAGUAUGGAAUGCACCCAGAUCAAAGACUCCUGCCAGGGCCCAGCCUGGGGCUGGCCGCCGCGGGAGCCGACGACUUGCAGGGUUCUGUGGAAGCCCAGUGUGGAAUUGUUCUCAACGGCCAAGGGGGAGUGAUCAGAAGAGGUGGCACCUGUGUGGUCAACCCCACAGACUUGUUUUGCUCAGUUCCUGGUCGUUUGUCUCUUCUCAGUUCUACUUCCAAAUACAAGGUGACCAUUGCUGAGGUAAAGAGGCGCCUCUCACCACCGGAGUGCCUCAAUGCUUCACUUCUGGGAGGCAUUCUGAGGAGAGCAAAAUCCAAGAAUGGUGGUCGUUGCCUGAGAGAGAAACUGGAUAGGCUUGGCCUAAACUUGCCAGCUGGAAGACGGAAAGCAGCUAAUGUUACCUUGCUCACUUCUUUGGUCGAAGGUGAGGCUUUGCAUUUGGCUAGAGAUUUUGGCUACACAUGUGAAACAGAGUUUCCAGCCAAGGCAGUAGGAGAACAUCUUGCCAGACAACAUAUGGAACAGAAAGAACAGACAGCAAGAAAAAAGAUGAUCCUAGCAACCAAGCAAAUUUGUAAAGAAUUCCAAGACCUCCUGAGCCAAGAUAGAUCACCACUGGGAUCCUCCAGACCCACUCCCAUUCUAGACCUGGACAUCCAGAGGCACUUAACACAUUUCAGUUUGAUCACUCAUGGUUUUGGCACACCAGCAAUAUGUGCAGCUCUAAGCACUUUCCAAACAGUCCUCAGUGAGAUGCUUAACUACUUGGAAAAACACACUACUCACAAAAAUGGUGGUGCGGCAGACUCUGGCCAAGGACAUGCCAACUCGGAGAAAGCUCCGCUGCGGAAAGCUUCAGAGGCUGCUGUGAAAGAAGGCAAAACCGAAAAGACAGACUAACUACAUCAAACAGAAUCUAUUUCCAGAGAGUCUUGCUGCUCAUAUUUUUUUUCUAAUAUAUAUAUAUCAUUGAGGGUGACUAAUCUUCAGCGGACCAAAUGUUUACCCUCCAUAAAAUAAAAUCAAAAGUGGAAAUGAAAGAGAAAAAAAAGGAAGCAAAAAAAUGACA